AUGAGAAAAUGGUCAGGCAAACGAGGAAUAAGCUCAGGGAAGCGGCUGCAGAGCCGUCUCAAUCCCGGCCUGCAGUCCAAGCGGCGGCGCCGGGCCACGGGAGCCGGGGAGCCCGAGAUGGAGGAGGGGACGAAGAAGGCGGUGGAAGAGCCCGAGCCGCCUCCUCAGCCUCCUCAGCCUCCGCAGCCUCCGCCCGUAGGCGGCGGGAACCUGCCCGGGGGCUCCCGGGAGUACUCGCCGCGGAGGACUCGAAACCUGAAGCCGCCCAACUGCCUGCAGCUGGAGGCGGUCGCCAGGUCCCUUCUCCUCGGCCGCUUCCAGUUCCUGCAGUGCUUCCUGGAGCUACUCCGAGAAAAGGUGCUGGUAUUACAGACGCGUCGGUUCUCGAACAAGACCACCCUCAGCAUAGCUGCCUUUGUGGGACUUUUACACUGGAUACAUUUAGUAACACUUUUUGAAAAUGACCGUCAUUUUUCUCACCUCUCAUCUUUGGAACGAGAGAUGACUUUUCGCACUGAAAUGGGUCUUUAUUAUUCCUACUUCAAGACCAUUAUUGAGGCCCCUUCCUUUUUGGAAGGGCUGUGGAUGAUCAUGAAUGACAGGCUCACUGAAUACCCCCUUGUAAUCAACACGGUGAAGCGCUUCCAUCUUUACCCCGAGGUGAUCUUAGCCUUCUGGUAUCGCAUAUUCAUGGGAAUAAUGAAUAUUUUUGGGAUAGAAGCUAAGACCUGCUGGAAUGUCACCAGGAUAGAACCUCUUAAUGAAGUUCAAAGUUGUGAAGGACUGGGAGACCCUGCUUGCUUCUACGUUGCUGUAAUUUUUAUUUUAAAUGGACUAAUGAUGGGAUUGUUCUUCUUAUAUGGUGCAUACCUGAGUGGGACUCAGCUAGGAGGUCUAAUUACAGUAAUGUGCUACUUUUUCAACCAUGGAGAGGCCACCCGUGUGAUGUGGACCCCGCCUCUCCGUGAAAGCUUCUCGUAUCCGUUCCUGGUACUGCAGAUGUGGAUUUUAACUAUGAUUCUCAGGACCACGAACUCAAGCAACAAUAAAAAUCUUUAUAUUGCUCUCUGCGCUUCCAACGUCGCGUUCAUGCUUCCCUGGCAGUUUGCUCAGUUUAUACUUUUCACACAGAUAGCUUCAUUAUUUCCCAUGUAUGUUGUGGGAUACAUUGAACCAAGCAAAUUUCAGAAGAUCAUUUAUAUGAACAUGAUUUCAGUUCUUCUUUGUUUCAUUCUGAUGUUUGGAAAUCCAAUGUACUUAUCUUCUUAUUAUUCUUCAUCUUUGUUAAUGACAUGGGCAAUAAUUCUACAUAGAUGUAAAAUUCAAAAAUUUGGAGUAUCUGAACUCAACUAUUGGCUUAUUCAAGGUUGUGCCUGGUUGAGUGGAACAAUCAUUUUGAAAUUCCUGACAUCUAAAAUCUUAGGCGUUUCAGACCAUAUUCGCCUGAGUGACCUCAUAGCAGCCAGAAUCUUAAGAUAUACAGAUUUCGAUACGUUAAUAUAUACCUGUGCUCCAGAAUUUGACUUCAUGGAAAAAGCAACUCCAUUGAGAUACACAAAGACAUUACUGCUUCCAGUUGUCAUGAUGGUUGCUGGUUUUAUUUUUAAGAAGACUACUCGUGAUGUUUCUUGUGUCUUAUCUGCAAACACUUAUCUAAGAAAACAGCUCCUUGAACAUGGUGAGCUGAUUUUCCAUGCACUGCAGCUGUUGGCAUUUAGUGGCCUUGCCGUUUUAAUUAUGAGGCUGAAGUUGUUCCUGACCCCACACAUGUGCGUUAUGGCAUCCUUGCUCUGCUCGCGACGGCUCUUUGGCUGGCUUUUUUGCAGAAUCCGUUUUGAGAAUGUUAUCUUUGGCAUUCUAACAGUGAUGUCAUUGCAAGGUUGUGCAAACCUCCAUAAUCAGUGGAGCAUUAUAGGAGAAUUUAAUAAUUUGCCACAGGAAGAACUUAUUCACUGGAUCAGAUACAAUACGAGACCAGAUGCUGUGUUUGCAGGUGCCAUGCCUACAAUGGCAAGUAUCAAGCUGUCCACCCUGCAUCCCAUCGUGAAUCACCCCCAUUAUGAGGACGCGGACUUGAGAGCCCGGACAAAAAUUGUUUAUUCUGUAUAUAGCCGAAAAUCUGCAAAAGAAGUGAGAGAUAAAUUGUUGGAGUUACAUGUAAACUAUUAUGUUUUAGAGGAAGCCUGGUGUGUUGUGAGAACUAAGCCUGGCUGCAGCAUGCUUGAAAUCUGGGACGUGGAAGACCCUUCCAACGCAGCAAACCCACCUUUGUGCAGCAUCUUGCUCAAGGACCCAAGGCCCUACUUCACCACAGUGUUCCAGAACACCAUGUACAGAGUUCUGAAGGUUAACUGAGACCCAGCUACCCCCACUACACUGCAGUGCACGGCAGCACCUGGGGCAGGGAGGAGGGUAGGUGGGCGGGAGAGAGAUCUCACUUUUUGGCUUAUUUUUACUAGUAACAAUCACACCUUUUAUAAGGGGUGCUUGGAAAGAAGAAAUAUAUAAAGGUGGUCCCAUUACCAAAAGCAAAUUCCUUUGUUUUCCAUUGAAUGUCACCCCUAACCUUCUGAUGAGUAACUGAUUUCAUAUUGACUUAACAAAUUUCACCUUAGCAUUUUCAAGAAAACUAUUCACAAGGGGGAAAGAAAAGUGAAACUUAAGAAAUCAAAGAUAUGUAAGGCCAUUUUUAUACAGCUAGGCUAAUUGCUUCAGAUUUUUUUUCUAGGGUGUUUCCUAUUCAAACUUCUUAAAUCUCUUAGAAUGGAGAACUUGGGCUGUGAAGUGUCCAUGACAUCCCGAUGCUGGUCACAGCCUCUUCACCUUGGUGAGGACACUGUCAGCCUGUGCCUUUCCAGGGCCUUUGGGUUUUCUGACUGGCUCUCUUUCACAACUGGUCAGUUCACAUCCAAGUGUGAAACAGUUUGUCAUGUUUCGCAUCUCAGCUGAGUGCAGUAAGAGUACUCCCGCACGAGGGGUGCAGUCUGCUUGGGCACCCAGGGGCGGCUGGAAGGGAAACCCACUUAGCUCUAGUCACUGAGAUUCUCAGAUCCCAGGUCUUGAAGGAAGCAGAUGCAUCUCCAUCUCCAUGGCAACGCAUCCCAAGUUCUUCAACUGUAUAUUAAUACAUUCCUUGAAUCCUUGUUUUUGAUUUUUUUUUAAUGUGGAAGGUCAUGCUCCACCCCAAUGAAGCCUGUCCAACAAUAAUGCUUUGAAAAAGGGCCAGUAAUUUUGCAGGUGUUGCCAAAUGCAAAGGUACAAUUUGCUACUCUUCUCUGCUGGGGAAAUAUUUAAUAUGCCAUCUCUGUUGCAUUUUACUGUGUAUCUACUUUAAUCACCUUAAAAUUCUUAUUACUCCCUUAUAUUCUUGGCCCACUAUACUUGAGAUAGGAAGAGGACUCACUUCCAUUGAAUAAUUCACUUACUUUAAGUAAGUGAUUGUAUAAGGAAAGCAACAAAAUUAUUUUUCAACUUUUGGACUUGUAAAAACUUUGCCACAGGAUGCUAAACAGCUAAAUAUGCCAGUAUGCCAUUUUAUUUUGGCACUUUCAAAUAAUUUAUUUUGGUAUAAAUGUGGAACAAAAAAAGGAAAAGAUACAAAAGCUAACAUCAAAAUUUACAAUUUUGAAUGAUAUUUUUAUAACAUUUUGAAGUUCUCCAUAGAAUUCACCAAAAAGGGGAUCAGCUGUAUUUAAUAAAAUGUUACAUAUGCCUAGAAUGUUUUCACAUGGAUUCAUGCUCUGCCUGCCCAUGUACUGUGGUAUGCUAGGUGAUUAAAAAAGACCUUGGAUAG